AAACCGCAAGCCCCUAAACCUCACCCAAUCUCAGUCAGUCUCCUCAUCUCUCUCACACACACACAUUUUCACCACCUCACUUGCCAGAGCAUCAACAAUGGCGUCCAUCUCGAAGCCCGUCCUGAUGCUGCUGCUCAUAGUCACAGCAGCGGCGGCCAUGGGCGGCGCGGCGGCGCAGGGCAGCCAGGCGACCUGCAACGGGCACAAGGUGACAGUGCAGAACCUGUGCGGGCACGACCUGAAGAUGGACGAGCUGACGCCGGUGGCGGACAGCAAGGUGCUGUUCCCGGCCGGGUGGGUGCUGCCAAACAACCAGCACGCCGAGUUCGCCGUGUGCGCCUGGACGGGCCGGCUGCGGGCCCCGGGCGCCGUGGAGGUGGACCUCCACCUGGGCCACGAAGGCGGGGCCUACUACUCCGUCAGCACGGCCCAGAACGGGAUGCCCGUCCGCGUCUCCGUCACCCCGCACGGCUCCCCGCUCCAGGGCCACUGCCCCACCGCCGGCUGCAACUCCGGCGGCCACUGCUUCGAGUACUCCGUCCCCGGGAACAAGUGCAGCGGCGUCACCGAGAUGAAGGUCGUCUACUACAGCCCCUAAGGCGUUCGAUCGGGCUUGUUUAAUUAGUGGAGUAAUCAAUAAGUUUGCAGCUCAAUCGUUCGUAUUAGUACUAGUUCAGAGUGAUUUGGAGCUGCAUGUGCCACUUGUUAUUGUACCGUCAGUGUCGUGUCGGAUUAAGCUAAAAAAAGUGUCAUGUCGGAUUAUUUGAAGUUCAACUGGCUUGUACGUACUGCUUACUACUUGUACGUACUACCGGAGAUGCAUGGGCUUAAUUAGUAGCCGUUGUGUGGA